CAACGAUACGAUAAUUUUGACACUCAAAUACGAUGAUUCUCUUCCGCUUACCUUGCAACACUGAGCGCACAGACUAGACGCAUAGACAAUAAAUAGUUUAUUUUAUUACAACUAAUGAGUGAGUCCGUUCAACUUCAACAAGAUAUAAACAAAAAUUGUGCAGUGAUUGUAGUGGGCGUAGUCACUAUCGCCUUUUAUCUGAUAAAUUCAUUGAUUAUAAAAGAUAAGACCCUAAUGCUGUAGCGACAUUGUACUAGAUAAAAAAUAUAGGGCUACUCUGAUAAAAAUAAUGCAAAUACAUCACAUUUAGGGCACGGUGUAAUGUUUUGUUCUUCAGUAACUUAAAGUAAACAUAUUUUCUUACAAAUUGUAAGUUUAAUAACGUUUUCAUAGUGUUGCUUUAUUUAUAUAGUGAUUAUGAACUAAAUAUAAUUCAUGAAAGUGUCUAAGAUCGAAGAAAGUGACUCAAACUGCAACUUACAUCGAAUAUGUGAUUCAUCAAAACUUUUCUCUUAAUUACUGUGUGUAAGGUGCUUGUGAUGUGAGAAAAAUGUUCCAGAAAACAUUUUUAGCCCUUUUUCUCACUGCUAACGUGCGAUGCCAAUCGAACAAGGACUUAUACAAUGGACAGUAUAACAACGAAUUUUAUAAAACGCAAAGAUUGGACAGUUCUCGAGAGACAAGACUGCCUAAUCCUGGAGACAGUGAUUACAGGACUUAUGUGUAUAAUAGCAGGAGGUAUGGAACGGAUCCUACCCGGUACAAUCCGUUCAACCCUAGUAUAAACCAGCCGGGAGGUUUUCCAUACAAUCCCCUAAAUACAAACCCUUUGGAUGACUCAUAUAAGUUUAACACACCCCAAGACCCAAACAACCCAGAUGCCCUGUUCCCGGGAGUGCUCGGGGGCUGGAGAGAGGACCUCCAAGGCCGGGAGCGGCGGGACUCGCGGAUGCUCAAGCGAGACAUCUUUGUCAACACUAACUAUGGACAAGUGCAGGGAUUUAAGGUCCACUUAUAUGACAAUCCAGACCCAGACUCAGGAUACAGACCCUGGUUGACCCCAGUAGAAAGGAUACAGGGAGAGGCCUCCGUUUUCCUGGGGAUUCCCUAUGCUAGACCUCCUGUCUUAGAUGGAAGAUUCAAGCCCCCUCGGCAGCACCCAGGCUGGCAGCUGCUCCAGGCUGUAGACUGGGGUCCCGCGUGCCCCCAACCAGUUAGGUUCACCGGUGCAACCAAAGGCAUCCGCGACAUGGACGAAGAUUGCCUGUAUCUCAACAUAUUUUCGCCUAAUACGGAAGCAGGCAGCACAGCCCAGAAAUACCCAGUAAUGGUAUACAUCCACGGCGGGCAGUUCUCCUCGGGAGCCUCGAAUCUGUUCCCCGCGCAUAUGCUCGCGGCCUUUUACAAGGUCGUCGUCGUCUCCAUCAACUACAGGCUUGGCGCUCUUGGCUUUCUCUCCACCGCCGAUGACAACUCCCCUGGCAACUACGGCAUCCUCGACCAGGCGAUGGCCUUGCGGUGGGUCAGGGACAACAUAGAUCCGUUCAAUGGGGACCGCAAUUCCAUCACCCUUUUCGGGCCAGGCGCUGGCGCUGCCUCCGCUGGUCUACUGGCCUUAGCGCCCACCACCAGGGAUAUAGUCACCGGCAUUAUAGCUCAGAGCGGCUCAGCGCUCGCAGACUGGGCGAUGAUAGAAGACAAGUUCCGCGUGCAAAACACCUCGCUCGUGUUCGGCCGCCUGCUCGGCUGCCCCAUCGACUCUUCAUGGAAACUGGUCAACUGUCUGCGUCAAGGUCGCAGCUUUUACGAGCUGGGGAACGCUGAAUUUGAGCCCCACGUCGGCUUCAUCCCCUGGGGCCCAGUCUACGAGAACAACUUCACGUACCCGGCCGACGGCUGGUACGAGGGGUGGAGAGAACGCGACUGGCACUUCCUGGACGCCAUGCCCGAGGACCUCAUCCGCAGGAGGCAGUUCAACCCCGCGCUGCGCUACAUGACCGGCGUCACCACGCAGGAGGCGGCCUACGUGCUGUACAACAACCAAUCUCUAGCCCCCAACUUCGAGAUAUCAGAAACGUGGUUCAACCAGAAAGUGCAAGAGCUGGUAAAGCGGUACAACUAUACCCUGAACCCGCGAGGAGUGUACGAAGCGAUCCGGUACAUGUACACGUACCAUCCUGAGCCGCACAACGUCAGCGCCAUCAGGGACCAAUAUGUGCACCUCCUCUCGGACUUUCUAUACCGCGCGCCAACCGACAAGAUGGUGAAACUCCUUCUCGAACAAAAAGUCCCCGUCUACAUGUACGUCCUUAACACCACCGUGGAGUCCUACAACUGGCCCCAUUGGAGACAAUACUCACACGACAUCGAACAUUACUUCCUAACUGGGGCCCCUUUCAUGGACCAAGAGUUCUUCCCGAGGAAGCAGAGGAUCGACAGGCAGAUGUGGACGCCGAAUGAUCGAAAUAUGAGCCAUUUCUUCAUGAAGGCAUUUUCGGAUUUCGCGAGGUUUGGCAACCCAACCCGCUCUCGGAUCCUCGGCGUGCACUUCGAACAAGCGACAGAAGGCCAACUGCGCUACCUCAACCUCAACACCACAUACAACUCCACCAUACAGCUCAACUACCGACAGACCGAACUGGCCUUCUGGACGAUGUAUCUACCAACGGUUGUGGGCCGGUUCGUGCCGACCUACCCUCCGAUCACUGAGUAUUGGUGGGAGCCCAAACAACCGCUCCAAAUCGCCUUUUGGACGGUUUCAGUCGCGUGUCUCCUCCUCAUCGUAUUAGUAGUCGUAUGCUGCAUGCUAUGGCGGAAUGCUAAGAGGGCUAUACCUCCCAAAUGGAAAUUACUACCGGCAAUAGAAUCGGACCGCUUCUACGACGGCGACAUCUUCAUGGUGCCCGAGCUGGACGAGAGCGGCAUCGACAACGCGACGCGCUCGCGCGACAACAUCUACGAGUACCGCGACGUGCCCGUCAAGAAGCCGCACACGCCGCCUACGCUCAGUCGAGCUACGUCACAGCCAGCUACGCUGACCACAGUGUCCACCCGGCCGCCAUCGGCCGCGUCCACGGGCUCGGGCCUGUCCCUGAAGGAGGGGCUCGUGGCCAGCUCCCCCGCGCCCGCCCCGCCGCUGCCCCGCGCGCGCUCCCGGACACAGAUCGUGAGGGGAGUACCGCAAACCACCGUUUAAACCUACUUAGUCUCACUAUAGAUAGACACAUUUUUUAUCAUAGAUAUGUCACUGCCGAUUUAACACUUUUCCAGGCCGCACCAUUCUGCAAGGUUUUCCCAAAAAAAAAACAAUUAUUCUCCAAUUAAUCCAGCUUUCAUGAUUCAUUUCAAGACAAAUCACAUUUCCCGAAAGUCAAAUCUAAUAUGAGCCUCAAAUCGGAAUACUAAAGUUAAAAUUCUAUUGGCGUGUAUGUGGUCGAUAAAUCGUACUAUGCCUGGAAAAGGGUUAAAGAACAUAACGUUGUCUCGUUCUCUAAAGUAUCAUAAAACAUGGCGGCGUAUUUGUUGGCGGCAACCAACAACACGCCCAGACCUGUUGAUUGACUGGGCACAACUUUAGCGAUUUUUUACAUUGUCGUCACAAUGUAAGAACUUCACUUUUGGAGUGUGUAUGGUAUUGACUAGUUCACGGGCUCUGUCUUGUCUCUCGCAGAUCUGGGGCCCAUUUCUCGAACGGUAUUCGACUAACGAAAUCAGUCCACGAACUGUCAAGUCCUAUGGGUUUCCAUGGCGACACGCUAAUAAUAUUAGACUGACACCGUUCGAGAAAUGGGCCCCUGGAGUCAAGCUCCCCCGCCCCCGGCCCCGGGCCACGCUCCAGAACAUAGAUAGUGAAGAAAAUACCGCAAAUCACCGUUUAAGCCACUAAUUUUAUAUAUAAUGGACUAACUUCGUAACAACAAAAUUUCGUGCACACACCAAAGAGAAUUUUAAAUAAAGGUGGAUUGUCUAAGAAAACUUUGUAGCCACAUUAAUUUACUGACAUCUUUCGACACAUGAUUUAAACUUUUAGAACGCCAUUUGACUUUCAUCUUUAUUAUUUCAAUUUCUUAAAUGUCAAGAAGUGGCGCCAUCUACUCGAGCAUAGGCCAAAGGUAUGGCGGCAUCUUUUCGAGCGAUGGGAAGAUGAUAGUAAAUUUACUGUGGCUACAAAGUUUACUCUGACAAUCGACCUCUAUUUCAAAUUCGACACACAAAUUACAUCGAAAUUGAGCCAUUCACCGCUCUGGCCUCGUUGUGUGAAUAUGUACGUGUGUCAAAAUAGUACAUUACGAUACAAGUGCGAAAAAUAGGAAAUUAGAAACGAGUGGCGAUAAAUUAAAACACGACCGACGGGAGUGUUUUAAAUCGACACGAUUUGCGAAUUACCUAUUCGCACAUGUAUCGUACAACGUUUUACAGUACAUAUGGCCUUUUAAAUGUUCGCCACAGUAACGUAAUAUGCUAAUUUUCGCACUAGUGCGGUAAAGUAGCACCAUAUGUACUGUAAAAAGCGUUAAAGUGCACCGAAAAAAGGUGUGAAAUUGAAGAAUGUUUUUUCUUUUAGUUAAAUUUUGUUAGAAAGAUGUUUUUUUAUAUUUUCGUUUUUUUUUAUUUUCAAGCCAUGAUUGUAUUUAUCUCUAACUCUUAAUAUUUACCUGUACUCAUUAAUAUUUUAUGAUACGUUUUUAUUUUAUUGCUUUUUAUUAUUUGUUUUUCUUUGCUUAUUUUGUUUAUAUAAUACCACCGUUAAUAGUUUAAGUGUAAUUAUGAGCCAGUUUGUACCUUAACAAUAUUUGUGACAGUAUUAAUUGUUUUUUUAUUAAAUUAUCAUUCCAUAUCGCUUAAGCGGGAAGAAUAGCUUUUUGAAUCUAACGAAAUAACGGUAAUUUUUCUAUGAAAUUCCAUUUCGGGAGAAAACGGUUCCCACUAACUAAAUCUUAACAAAUCACUUGUAACUUCAUGAGAAUACCUAAAAGGAUAGACAUUAUGGCGUUUUCUAUUCCUGCCUGCCUGCGCCUGCGCGAGAUAGACUACCCGUCCCUCUCUAAUUAAUACAGUCAGAAACAGCGAGUAGCCUGUCUCGCGGACAUACUGUUAUUUCAAGUCUUUGGCUUAGUUAAUAUUAAUUUUAAGCAUACUUAGUUAUUUUAGUGAAUUUGAUAAUAGUAUCAAAAUGACUGUUUAACGUAGACCUAUGACUGAUGAAAGUUAAUACAUAAUAUGAAUACGAAAUCCAAAACAAGUGAUAUAUACACGGUGUAACAUGAGGUAACGAAAAGAUUUUAACAUUCCUGAUCACAUUUAGAGACUAAAAUGUCAUAUAAACUUUUCUGGAUGCCUAGUUUCCGAGUUAACACCAAUUAAAAAAAAAAUCUUAUUGUAACUUAGUACAAAACGCCUUUUUAAUGGCGAUGAUGCCAUUAUGGGGCGUAGUCAAAUAUCCUUAUUGAUAGAUGUCAAAAAGUGACAAGUAACACUUAGCAAAAAAAUAGGUUUUACAAAAAAAAAAGAUCAAAUUUCAAUUUCAGUUACUGUUUUACAAAUAGCUUUUACAUUUCAUGUCACCAGACAUACAAAAAAUCGAAAAAAAAAUGUAUUUUUUUUUUGUGAAAUUGACCUAAACUCAUAUAAAAAAAAAACUUUUGGCCUCAGUAGUGGGUAGUUAAAAUCUUUCGGGAACCUUUCGAUAGAAGUCGAUGUUACUUUUUUGAUGGCUGAUAUUGCCAUGUUUACCUGUUUAUUGGUUUAAGACUCUGAAUACGUUCCUGAAUCAUUUCCUUACUUGUUAAAUCUCCAAAUCAGAAAAUACUCCAUAGCAAAACGUCUCUUUGGAAGUAACGAUAAAUAACACAAUCUAAUUUAGUGCCUUAGAUAUAAAUAUGCGUAAAUAAAUAUGAUUAUAAUUCAUAAGUUAAUUUUUACUAAGUAUUUUUUGUAAAUGUUACCUUAAAGGUAAAGAUAGCCAUAAGAACUUAAUUAUAAACUUAUAAAUGCAAUGUGCAUUUUACUACUUAAUUUUACACAUAUUAAAUAGUUACUAUAGUAACCACACAGAACGAUAGACAAAGUUAGCGCCACUAAGACCAGUAGGGCUAAGAUGGUCGGCUCUUUAUCAUUUGUCACCAUGCCUGUCACGUUCUAACAAGUAUGUAAGCGCGAAAGUGACGGGUAUAGUGACAGGUGAUAAAAAUGGAACCACGCUGCCACUGCAGUGGUGGUAGAUAAAAAUGCGACAGUGCUUAGCCCGCAGAGUGUGAUUUCAUAACAAGCUGGUUUCAUGUUUAUAGUUGAAAUUUUAUUAAAUGAUUUUUUGGGCUUAUACCUUCAUCUGUUAAACAAAAGCUUUUGUUUAUUUUAUGGAAAACAGUCAGUUCCCGUUUUCGGUAUCACCGGAAAGCAACAAUUACGUUUAAAAAGCAACUGUAUCGUGAUCGUGUUAAGGUUUACAUUUAUAUAACAGCGCAUUUGGGUGAUGUGGAACAAUCAGUCGCCCACAUUACGAGGGAGUCAAUAGCACUACAUAAAAGUAACCUUUUGUGUAAUAGAUUAGGGGUUUAAGCCUAAAAAAACAACAGAAAAUUCCAACUAUACGCACGCACGCACAAAAGUACAAAUAGCAGAAUAACCAACCAAUUGUCACUUACCGCCUAAGACACUUUUGUACCUACUUAUUCUUUGCAAAUAAAUACAAUCAAUACAUACACGACACGCACACAUUAAUAAAUCGAGAAUGUAUGACUCAAAUCUAAAGUGUGUAUGAGUGCGUGCGAAAUCGGGUUAUUCCCACUAGUUACCACCAAGCUGUUACCAGUGAUAACUACUGGGAAUUUUUUCCCACCUUUUACCACUGGUAACUACUGGGAAAAAAAUCCCAGUAGUUACCACUGGUAAAAGGUGGGAUUUUUUUUUCCAGUAGUUACCACCACAAUUUGGUGAGCAUUCAAUACUAAUAAAAACAGUAUAAAUAUAGAGUUCUUUAAUCAAUAAUUAAUGAAGUCGAAUUAAUUAUAACUUAAUUAGUUAUUCGUUUCAUUAUAAGUCGAUUACUGUUUCAGUAAACUGCCUUAAAAAAAUCGGUUUUUGACUGAUUUGUUUGUUCGUUCGCAUAAUUGUGACGUUAUUUAUUGAAAAGGACUUUAUUGUCGAUGGCGCUUACGAAUCAAGCCAAGUUGGUGGUAACUAUAGGGAUUUUUUUCCCAGUAGUUACCAGUGGUAAAAGGUGGGAAAAAAAUCCCAGUAGUUACCACUGGUAACAACUUGGUGGUAACUAGUGGGAAUAACCCGCGAAAUCUGCUUGGCAUGAAGUCAACCUUGUCUUAGCGACCUUUCCUCUGUGGUAUUAGAUAUGAAAAUACAUUUUUUAUAAUAUUAAUUAAGGUUAAAUGUUUGUGAUCGUCUGUCCGUCCAUUUUGUGCAAUCGUGUGUUAUUUGUAACGUACGUGCCUUGAAAGGUAUUUAGUUAUUUAUUAUCAAUCUAUCUUGUAUAGUUAUUUUACACAAAAUUAAACAAAUAAUUUUA